UCGGCCCCGCGACGCGAGGGCGAUCGCCACGUGUUCGUCGGGAUAUUGUGGUUCUUGUUCAUAGGCCUGAUGUUCUUCGCGCAGCAUACCACGUGCGACGCGUAUUUCAUUCCUGCCAUCAAUGUCUUCACGGACAAGAUGAAAGCCAGCGAAAGGGUUUGGCUCCGAAGGUGUAGGGCGGGACCCUUGAUGUCGUGA